AUGGUAAUACCUUCUUCGAAUUUGUGCAUGCAGGAUCCUGAGUAUAACAUUUCUAUACAUUUUAAUUUCAAACCAUUCCUAGUUGAGUUAGAGGAGAUACCUAAACGAAUUAUAAACAUCGACAAUCACAAACCAUUCCUAGUUGAAUUAGAGGAACGAAUUCUAAAGAUCGACACCAUUAGCAAGGGUGAUCCGUGGAAAGAAGUAGAUGUUGUGAUCUUCAACACUUGGCACUGGUGGUUCCACAAAGGAAAAAUACAACAUUGGGAUAAAAUUCAGGAAGGAAACAAGACAUACAAAGAUAUAGAUGAUCGUCUCACUGCUUUUGCAAAAGGUUUAACAACUUGGUCAACUUGGGUUGACAAAAAUAUUGACCCCAAAAAAACUCAAGUUUUCUAUCAAGGAAUUUCUCCUACGCAUCCGAAGGGCAAGGAUUGGGGUUUCCCACACACGACUUGUGCAGAUCACACAACACCAAUUAAUGGUACGACAUAUCCUGGAAUUCCAGAACCAGGAGUUGUUGUACUUAAGGAAGUGUUAAGUAAAAUGUCGAAUCCUGUCAUUUUAUUGGACGUGACAACCAUGUCACAACUAAGAAAAGAUGCUCAUCCAUCAUAUUAUACCAAUCAAGGUCGGACGCUUCGUGAUUGUGGCCAUUGGUGUGUGGCUGGUGUACCAGAUACAUGGAAUCAUCUUCUUUAUGCAUCUAUUGUUGGCUGGCCAGAAACAAGAACGCAUAGAAUUGAUAUGAAUUUUCCCGUAUUGAUAACCUAA